AUGGCUUCCGCAAUGACGCUCCGGUUCUCGGUUCAGAGCAGCGAGUUGCUAGGCAAGAGCCUGGUGCAGGCUUCCAGUCUGAAGCCUAAGAGCACAGCCAAGUGCAGCUCUCGCUCUCAAACCGGUCCCCGCCUCGUCGCUAAAGCCAUGGCUUCUGCUGCUGAAACAGCGACCAAGUCAGAGGGUGGUCUCCGCGGCAACCUCAAGAAGGUCGUGCUCGCCUACAGCGGCGGGCUCGACACGUCCGUGAUCGUGCCAUGGCUGCGCGAGAACUACGGCUGCGAGGUGGUCUGCUUCUGCGCGGACGUGGGUCAGGGCGUGGGCGAGACCGAUGGACUGGAGGCCAAGGCCAAGGCGAGCGGCGCUAGCCAGCUGUUCAUUGGAGAUCUCAAGGAGGAGUUUGUACGCGAUUAUGUCUUCCCCUGCAUUCGCGCUGGUGCGGUGUACGAGCGCAAGUACCUGCUCGGGACGUCUAUGGCUCGCCCUGUCAUCGCCAAGGCGAUGGUCGACGUGGCGAAGCAGGUGGGCGCGGACGCCGUGUCGCACGGGUGCACGGGGAAGGGCAACGACCAGGUCCGCUUCGAGCUCACCUUCUUCUCGCUCGACCCCAAGCUGCAAGUCGUCGCGCCGUGGCGCGAGUGGGACAUCCGCGGCCGCGAGGACGCCAUCGAAUACGCCAAGAAGCACAACGUGCCCGUUCCCGUUACGAAGAAAUCCAUCUACAGCCGCGACCGCAACCUGUGGCACAUCAGCCACGAGGGCGACAUCCUGGAGGACCCGGCAAACGAGCCUGCCAAGGACAUGUACGUGAUCUCAGUGGACCCCGAGGACGCCCCCAACACGGCCGAGUACGUCGAGAUCGGCAUUGAGAAGGGCAUCCCCGUCUCCAUCAACGGCCAGACGCUCUCCCCCGCCAACCUCCUCGCAGCAGCCAAUGAGAUCGGCGCGCGCCACGGCGUCGGCCGCAUUGACAUGGUUGAGAAUCGCCUUGUCGGGAUGAAGUCCCGCGGCGUGUAUGAAACCCCCGGAGGGACCAUUCUUGUGAAUGCGUGCCGGGAGCUGGAGGCGCUGGUUCUCGACAGGGAGACCAUGCAGACCAAGGAUCAGCUGGCUCUGAAAUACGCCGAGCUUGUGUAUGCUGGUCGGUGGUUCGACCCCCUGAGGGAGGCCAUGGAUGCGUUCAUGGUGUCUGUGAGCGAGAAGGUGACUGGGUCCGUGAAGCUCAAGUGCUACAAGGGGUCGGUGAAUGUGGCGUCGCGUGUGUCGCCGUUUUCGCUCUACCGGGAGGAUAUCUCAUCCUUUGAGGAGGGCAGCGGGGUGUACAACCAGGCUGAUGCUGCAGGGUUCAUCCGCCUGUAUGGGCUGCCUACCCGCGUGCGCGCCAUGCAGGAGCAAGGGUUGUGA